GAGAGAGAGAGAGAGAUGACCUUGAACAACCUAACGAAACGACCUUUGGGUCAGUACUAUAAAUUGGCCGCUGCGUCUGAGAUCGACACUUGCCCUCAAGCUCCCCCUCCCAUCAUGAACGCUAAGCUCCUUAUCGUCUUUGGUCUGGCUGCUGUCAUUGCAGCUGACAGCCGUGAGUCCUACGAAUACCUGCCGCCUCAGCGUUCCAGUGAAGCUUCUGCCGAGUCCUACGAAUACCUGCCGCCUCAGCGAUCCAAUGAAGCUUCUGCCGAGUCCUACGAGUCCUCCGAAGCCAAGUACAGCUUCAACUGGGCCGUCAGCGAUGACUCCUCAAGCAACGAGUUCGGACACCAGGAGGCCCGUGACGGCGACGACACCCAGGGAUCCUACUACGUGCAGCUCCCCGACGGCCGCCUGCAGACCGUCAAGUACUUCGUGGACGGCGACUCCGGCUACGUGGCCCAAGUCAGCUACGAGGGCGAGGCCAGUUAUCCCGACUCACAUGAGUCCUUUGAGUCGGAGUCCGAUGAGUCUGCUGAGUCCCGCGAAUAUAGACCUCCCAGGCCCCAGUACUUCUACGACUCCAAUGAGUCCAAGUAAAUCGUACUAAAUGCCUUUUCUGACCGUUUUUUUUUUCAGUUUUCUCUAUAUAUUUAUUUAUGGCAGUAAAUGUGUUCAGUUACGGCGUGUUUUAUCAUCUAUUUAUCAUGAAGGCUGAAAAUUAUAUAGGUGGAUGCAGAGAAUAUUUGUCCUCUCUUUUAUGAAAAUUAAACUCAUAUUUCUAUCCGAAAUGAGCUUUUAUAUAUGUGUAAUUGUUUGUAUUUAUUCAAUAAAGAAUAUG